UGUGACGCCACUGCUCCGCCACGGUGACCCCUUUUCCACGUGGCCAUGGGGCAAUCGAUGAUUCACUCUGCUCCGGCCAGCUCGCUGCCAGGUUCCAGCCUAAGUAGUGGGGAAAUUCCUUCGGUGCAACCCGGAUUGAAAGUGGAGGAUGACCACUUCCUCCGCGGCAUUCUCUUCGUUGAGAAGGCCAUCUUCGCCUGUCCACUGCCUGGCAAGGCAUGGAUCGAGCUCGGCCGCUGGAACCCGGUGUCCUUGCUGCUGCUGGUGCCGGCCUGGUCCUACCAAGUGUCUGGACCGGCAGAUCACUGGUGGUUCGUCGCCAGGAGUGCCAACAACAUGUACUUUUACGCAGCACAGUUCUGUAUGGAUGAGACUGGCAAGAAUCAUGUAACAGGCUCCGUCUAUUUGGGACUCCCGGGUGCUGUGGCCAGCGGACUUCAAUAUCCAGAGGCGCAGUGUUGGCUUGCGAGAGAGUGGGCACCCUGCCGACAGCCGCGGGCCAAGCGCGAUUUGGACAGGCUGCUGAUGAAGAAUCCCUCAGCACAGCUGCCCUACAGUUGGAUGGACAACAACUGUCAACACUUCGCGGUGAACCUCUACGAAGGUGAUCAUGAACACAUUGUUUGAUGAGCCCGCCCAAAGGGCGGGCCGGCCUGGCGCAGCGAUGAGAAGUUUGGAAAGAACGCCGAAUUUGAGUGGUGGAGCACUCGUUUAAAAGGCAC